AUGUAUUCUCCUUACAUUGCUUCUUUUUUCCAGGUACUAUCGUGUUUUGCGCAGAACAACAAUGAUGUUUUUAUUCCAACACCGACAGUAAAGACAUUAGAACCCAGGCUCACUUCAACUACUCCGCUUCCAGUGACCGAGAAAAAUCUGUGGGGCCUGAGAUUGUGGCAAGUUAUGGCGCUGGCUUUAUUUGCCACCAUUGUAUUAAGUAAGUAAACCAAGCGUGCUUACGCAAGCCUGCUUUAGCCGAGUCCCUUCCAAAUCCCAUUUGCGUUAAAGAAUUGUAGUUACAUUGUGUUUAGGUACGUAUGAUGUACCGAUAAGGGAAUCCAAACAGUCUCGAUUCUGGAUUCCCACGCCGCUGGUCCCGGAUUCAAAGUACUCAUGUACUGGAUUUUGUCAGUGAAAAUUGGAUUCCGGAUUCCAAAAGUUAACGGGCUCUGGAUUCAUUGAGCUGUAUUCCGAAUUCCAAAGCUCAGGAUUCCGGCUUUCAUAAAAAAAUUUUUCCUAGAUUCCAGGGUCCAAAAUUCAGGAAACAGGAUUCCCUUAAAUGAGUGGAUAUCAGGAUUUGGUAUUCACCAAAUCAGUGGAUAGUAAUUUUCGCGCGUUCUGAUUAGCUCCCGUAACUCGAAAUAUCCAUAGAUAUUCACUGUUUUGGGACGGGAUUCAAAAUGGCUUCUCGUUUCCCGACAGUUUUAAAAGAUGAAUUUUGGCGGUAAAUGAAGCAGCUGCACCAACAAAUACCAAGAAAGAGAUAAAAUUUGGCUUGAAGGUGUUUACUGGUCGGAAGAAAAAAAUUUUCUUACCGAAUUUGCAACAAACUCAUAAAAAAUGAUCCCCGAUACACUGUCAAUUAAAACGCUAAACAAACCCUAAGUAAGUGACGUCUUUUAUUUACAAAAAGUUUCUUUUUGAUUUUAUCCAACUGAUUUGGUAAAUACUAAAACAACUAUCCCCCUCAGGGUCGGUUCAUAGUGCUCCCCUUCGAGGGAUAGUUGUAUAAUAUUGUUCCUUAUACUGCAAAAAUACAAAAAACCCUCCUAUAGUGGCCCUUAACCAGGGUGCUCAUGAUCACUAAAAGGAAAGCGGACUCUUGGCACGAGAUUGGGUCCGUUCCACUUACACAGUUAGAUAUGAAUUUUAUGGAACGUGCGUUAUCAGUGGUGAAGUUAUGCUACAAUGGAGGACAAAAUUCUUAGGACAAUUAACACGAUCUGCCUUAAUUUUUCCCCCUUUCCCCCUCUCCCCAAGCAAUGUUGUAGUUUGUGCACCCCUGUAGACUUUACCCUGUCCUAAAAGUGUUUCUUCAUCCCAACAUUGUUUGGAGGGGGGAGGGGAGGGCCAGUCGCGGUAUCCAAGUGGUUAGAAAAGUGUACAUUAUGCUACAUCUGAACAUUUGAUAAGUUAAGGAUGUGGAAGGAAGGUUUUCCAUAACCGUUCCAAGGAUUUUUGUCCUCCAUUGUAGUUAAGUUAGAGAUAGACAGAAAGCCUCUAAUGAGCAAGCAGCGAUUUCGUUGAGGCCGGAGGCCUGCCAGACUGAGUAGCGUCAAGCCGUUAUUGUAUGUAAGGUCCCGGGUACUAUCACUUUCAGAAGUAAAAUAAAUCAGAUGAUUUUGUAUUUUUUUACGUAACUAGAGUUGAUCCUUAGUUUUCUCACUUAUAUAACUCAUCCGGUCCAUCUUCCAGGGAGCGCAGGAAACGGAGUUUCAGACAAGGAUGCAAUCUCAAAAAAAUUUCCAUCGAAUGAGGGAGGAGAAAAGAAAGGUCCAGACUUCCCUAGAAUUUCGACCCUUUCGCGCCUAUCUAUACGGUACCCUCGUCCGCUUGUUUCUAAACACUCUGAGCUCGAUUUCGCCCCAUAUAAGGUAAUCCGAGGCAGUCUUGGAUUCCGGACUAGCUGGAUUCCAGAUUCCUUGAGCUUAAUUUUCGAUUCCAGAGCCCAGGAUUUUCGAUUCCAUAGGCAAAACUUUCCUGGAUUCUGGAAUUCGAAUCAGGAGGCGAUCGAUUCUCCUGAGGAAAUCAGCUGAAUGAACUGUUAUGCUCAUGUCGAUCUAACCUCUAACCAUUGAUUUCCAGUAACAUUCUGCUGCUGUCUCUGUGACUGUCGCAUUCCCAAGACAGGCUACGAUAGUAAAACUGACCCAGAGGAAGACAGCGACUGCAGCGAUGUUGAACAACUGGUUGCCACUCCCAAACAAGGACAUGGAGAAAAAGUGUCGACGAACGGCUUUACUCCUCAAAAGAGUCAACUGCGGACCACAGGACACGAAACGGGGAAAGUGAAUAAUAGUUUUGAUAGUGAAGGUGAAAUACCUUCCAAGAGUGAUAAUUGGAGAGGUACAUCUCGAGUUGCGUUUUCACGGCAGCCAUAA